AUGGACCUAGAAACAUUAGCUUUUGACUUACAACCUUUAUUUGUACUUGAGGAGAAUUCCGAAGAUCAAAUAUCAAAAGAAUUCCAUGAUAAAUUCGUUGUCUUAUUAGAUGAUCUAGCUAUAUCUUUAAGAGAACCAAAUAAUAGGAAAGUAUUGUAUGAAUCCGGCUUACUAUCUAAAUUGAUCAAUCGUUUGAAUUCUCUCUUGACAAGAACAUUCAAUGCCCAAGAUCAUAAUGAAAAACUGUGGCAACUAUGUUCCGAAUUGAUUAGAUGUAUUGCAAAUGCAAUAGUAGAUAAUGAUACAAAUAGAGCAUUAUUGGUACAAGAUGAAUAUAAUCAAUUCUUGAAAGAACAUUUCAGUAAUGUUUUGAAACUAUCAUCGAACGCUUUCCCUGGAGAUAACGCGUUAUUAUCAGAAUUACAAUUGCGAAGUCUUAUCCUAAUCAAGAAUUUGUUCAUUGAUAAUUUCCAAUAUUGUGAACUAUUUUCUCCCUAUAUUAAGACACCUUUGUUGAAUUUACUGGAAAAUUCCGCCAAUACGUACCUUAAUGAAGAUUCACCAAUACUAUUUACCACCGAUGUCUUAGUAGACGUCAUUGAUGUGGAUAAUAAUAAUAAUAAUAAUAAUAAUGAUAUUACACUAGAAUAUAUGCGAUUUUUAGCAGAGUUUAUUGAAAAAGUUUCUAAAACGGUCAUUAAUAUUGAUAUAUCAGAUACCAAUGACGGUACUAACAGCGAAAACGAUAUUGAAAUGACUGAUGAAAAUUCAAUAGAUGAUACAAGUUCAGAAAUUAUAUUCAAUAUUUGUCAAUUCUUUGAAAAAAUUGUGGAAUCAGAAACUGACAAUAUUGAUCUUUCUAACUAUCCUAAAUCAGUGACUGAACUUCAAACGGCCUUACUAGAUGCUUUAAAUAUUCUGGCAGAUAAAGAAUAUCCUAAUAAAUUAAUUGUGAUGAGAAGAAUUGUUUCAAUAAUUGGUCAUAUAUCUGCUAAUCCUACAAAUACCAAUAAAGAUCAAAAACAAUUGUAUCAAGAAAUAAUUUUAUCAUCCACGAAGGGAUAUACCCUUGCUGCAUCAUUGAUUGGAUUAUCAAAUUCUAUCUUAUCAAGGAAAGAUGCAGAUAAAAUUUUACAAAAGAUCACAUUAGAAAAAUUCAUUCAAAUUACUAAACAUUUUAAAGAUCCCAUGCAAUUUCAAGGAUUCUUACAUAUUUUCAAGAAAUUACUAAGCUUAUCAAAUGCAAUGUUUCUUCAAAACGAUGAUUUAUUACAAUUAACUACUAUUCUUAAAAUCGCUAAAGAUCAAUCAACAUAUUUCAAAAACUUAUCACAGUUACUGUAUUCAUUAGUACAGAAACUUUUAACCGUCUUACCAAGUUCAACUAUCUGUCAAUUAAUUAAGGAAAAGACGAAAUAUCCAUUUUUAGAUGUCAUUAUGAAUAGUGAAGAUUUAAUAAUUUGUUUAACUUUGGAUAAAAUUCUUGUGAACUCUAAUAAUGGGGUUCCAAAUGAAACAAUGGAGUUAUUAUGGUCUAGGUUUUUCAAAUUUGAAGAAUCUGGAAUUUCCAGAAAUAACAAUAAAGGAGACGCAGUUCAAUUGCCAUUGAUUUAUCAAUUAACAAAGACUCUGGGGAUAUAUUACAAGAAUUUAGUUACACAAAAACAAGACAUAGAUUCGAUAAUACCGCAAUAUGGAUCUAAUAUUUUGGAAUUGUUGAAAUUCAUAAUACCUUUGAAAAAUCAAACAGAUAAUGCUAGUAGGGGUGUAUUUAAUAAUGGUCGUUUCAUUUCUGGUAUGUUAUUAAAAUGGUUUGAAGAAAGGUCAAGCGAUAUGUCACUGUCUCCACUAGAGGCUGAGAUUAAGAAUGUUUCAAAAUCGUUCUUUACGUAG